AUGCUGAAGAAGAUGGGGGAGGCUGUGGCCAGAGUUGCGCGGAAGGUCAAUGAGACGGUGGAGAGCGGCUCUGACACCCUGGACCUGGCCGAGUGCAAGCUGGUUUCUUUCCCCAUCGGCAUCUACAAGGUCUUGCGGAAUGUCUCCGACCAGAUCCACCUCAUCACGCUUGCCAACAAUGAGCUCAAGUCCCUCACCAGCAAGUUUAUGACCACGUUCAGUCAGCUACGAGAGCUCCACCUGGAAGGGAAUUUCCUGCACCGCCUCCCCAAUGAGGUCAGUGCCCUGCAGCACCUCAAGGCCAUUGACCUGUCCCGGAACCAGUUCCGAGACUUUCCUGAGCAGCUCACCAGCCUGCCGGCACUGGAAACCAUCAACUUGGAGGAGAACGAGAUAAUAGAUGUGCCUGUGGAGAAGCUGGCCUCCAUGCCAGCCUUGCGAAGCAUCAACCUCCGUUUCAACCCACUGAAUGCCGAGGUGCGCGUGAUUGCCCCACCACUCAUCAAGUUCAACAUGCUCAUGACUCCAGAGGGCGCGCAGGCCCCCCCGCCUUAG